AUGGCGACAGAAACAGUCACCAGGACCAAGGUCAAAGUGGGCAAGAAUGAAAAACUUCCGCCUGAGAAUGUUCGGUUUAUGGCCGCCUGUGCCGACAUUGCUCGUGCGCUGGUGCAAGAAUAUGAAGCCAGUCUCGAUGAUUCCAAGCCAAAGAAAGAUAUCAAUCUCAACAGACUUAGGGGUGACAUCGCAAAGAAACACAGACUGAGCACACAACCCCCUCUUACCGCCAUUCUUGCCGCCACCCCGGAACAAUACAAGAAACAUCUUCUCCCUAAACUGAUCGCGAAGCCUGUACGGUCAGCAAGCGGGAUCGCCGUCGUGGCGGUGAUGUGUAAACCACACCGUUGUCCCCACAUUGCGUUUACAGGGAACGUUUGUACCUACUGUCCCGGUGGCGUCGAUUCCGAUUUCGAGUACUCGACUCAAUCAUAUACCGGCUAUGAACCCACGUCGAUGCGUGCCAUCCGCGCUCGGUACGAUCCUUUUGAGCAAGCCCGCGGGCGGGUUGACCAGAUCAAAAGUCUCGGACAUAGCGUCGACAAGGUGGAGUUCAUCAUCAUGGGCGGCACGUUUAUGUCCUUAGACCAGGCCUACCGCGAUAACUUUAUCGCCCAGUUACACAAUGCUCUGUCUGGUUAUCAGACCGAGAACGUCGAUGAGGCGGUUGCUGCCGGCGAAAUGUCCAAUAUCAAAUGCGUGGGGAUCACCAUCGAGACCAGACCAGACUUUGGACAGAUCGACCAUUUAUCAGACAUGCUUCGAUAUGGAUGCACACGUCUGGAAUUGGGUGUGCAGUCAUUGUAUGAAGACGUGGCCCGAGAUACCAACAGAGGCCAUACGGUCGCGGCCGUCGUGGAAGCCUUCAAAUUCUGCAAAGAUGCUGGGUUCAAGGUCGUCUCGCACAUGAUGCCGGACUUACCCAACGUCGGCAUGGAGCGAGAUCUGUUUCAAUUCCAAGAAUAUUUUGAAAAUCCCGACUUCAGAACAGACGGUCUGAAAAUCUAUCCCACUCUGGUCAUCCGCGGCACUGGCGUCUAUGAAUUGUGGCGGACUGGUCGAUUUAAGAAUUACACCCCGAAUGCUCUCGUGGAUUUGGUGGCCCGGAUCUUAGCCUUGGUGCCUCCUUGGACCAGGAUCUACCGUGUCCAACGUGAUAUACCUAUGCCACUGGUCACUUCCGGUGUCGAAAACGGCAAUCUACGGGAGCUGGCAUUGUCGAGAAUGAAAGAUUUCGGCACAACAUGUCGGGACGUGCGUACCCGGGAAGUCGGCAUCAAUGAAGUCAAGAACAAGAUUCGGCCGUCGCAGGUCGAACUUGUCAGGAGAGAUUACAUGGCCAACGGCGGUUGGGAAACGUUCCUGGCAUAUGAAGAUCCAAAACAGGAUAUUCUCAUUGGUCUGCUGAGACUGCGGAAGUGUACCACUGACUACACCUUCCGACCCGAGCUGACUGGUCAACCGACCAGCAUGGUUAGGGAGUUGCAUGUUUACGGUCUUGCUGUGCCGAUCCACGGCCGUGAAAAGAGCAAAUUUCAACAUCAAGGAUAUGGCACCCUUUUGAUGAAGGAAGCUGAAAGAAUAGCUCGGGAUGAGCACGGUAGUGAGAAGUUAAGUGUGAUCAGCGGUGUCGGGGUGCGAAGUUACUAUGCACGUCUCGGAUAUCGCCUUGAUGGACCAUACAUGAGCAAGAUGCUCAGCUACGACGAUGAGGAUAACGACUGA